AUGCUCCAGGCUCUCGCUGUAGCGAAGAAAAAGCUAAAUAAAUACUAUUCCGCGACCGACAAUGAGCCAUAUGGUAUAGUAUAUGCGAUUGUAACUAUCCUCUGUCUAUCAAAGAAGCUACGCUACUUUAAUAACAAGGAUUGGAGGGGAGAAAAUGAGAAGGGGGAAAAUGUUGAUUUUAUGAAAAUCUACCGGGAUGCCCUACAAAAAGAGUUUGAGCGGUAUCGACAGAACGUUUUUGAAUUAGUAGAACCUACAGAUGCACAGGUGUCUAAAGAGACGGCUGAAGAAGAAGAGCUUGCGAUAUUAUGUGAUUUACAGACUCCUCUAUUACCCGAUGUGGACCAGCCAGAUAAUGAGAUUACGCGAUAUCUUGCAAAGGGGCUCGCGAAAGGCAACCCUCGGUUAUACUGGAAAGAGCAUAAACAUGAGUUCCCAGUUCUAGCGAGGAUAGCGAAAGAUAUUUUCUCUAUUCCUGCUAACGGUACUGGUAUCGAGCGACUCUUUAACUGUACUCGUGAUAUCUGUUACUAUCGCCGUGGGCACCUUAAACCAGAUACAAUCAAAGGCCUGAUGCUUCAUCUUUUCUCCUCGAAGUUUGAGCUAGAACAUAGCUAA